CACUGUUCUGUAUCUCAGUAGUCAAGGUGACCCUCAUAAAUCGCGCUAAUCCUAAAUUAGACACAUCCACAACUCAUCAGAAACCGUUGCAUGAUUGUCAACUAUAAUCGUUGUCUCGAAUCUUCGUCAACAAUUUCUUCGUCGCCUUGCUGCUAUUUUUCACUUAACGGCCACUGCUAUCAGCUUCAUGUGCUCGACGUACAGGUUGUAGUUCUAAAUUUCCGUUCUUUAGUGCAACCAAAACAUCCUCCAGCUUUCACAGCAGUAGUGAAGUUCAACAUGACUUGAUGCAGACGCCACGAGCGCAAAGCAUGUUACUAUGGGUAGAACUAAACCGUCGCAUGCCCCCAUGGCCCAGCAGGGCUUCCGGAAGGACCAAAGAGCAAAGACCGCACGCACGACCAUCAACAAAAUCAUCCCGCAGAUUCUUGCAUCCGAUGCAAGAGCUCGGGCAGGGAUAGAAAAUGCGUACUUGUUCACGAAUGCGAAGAUGGGAAUCGAAGCAGCGAGCCAUAUUGGCCCCAAUAAGACAAAUGUGAAAGCUCAGCAGCCGGGCAGGGGCAAGACUCUCCAGUCAGUGGACAUGAACGUGAACCAGGAACAGCCCAGGCGCAGCCAAGACCUGUCAAAGACUGAGUCGGUGCCUUUCAAGAUUAGUGUGCAAGUCACGGAUACCCUGACUGCUGCUUACUGUCUACACCAAGCUAAGCGCUCGAGGCGGAACGUGGGAAUCCUGAACAUGGCCUCACCGCUGCGACCCGGUGGUGGUGUUCUGAACGGUGCCACCUCGCAGGAAGAAUCGAUUUGCGCUCGCACGACUCUCUUACCCUCUUUGAGAGAAGAGUGGUAUCGUCUCCCUGAAGUCGGAGGCAUCUGGUCCCCUGACGUCCUUGUUUUUCGACUGCCGCGGACAAAGGAUGAGGAAGACCUUUCCAAAGCUGACAGGUUUUAUGUCGACGUCGUUUCAGCUGCCAUGACAAGGUUCCCAGACACCAUCAAGCGAUCCAUGGUGAGGGAAGCUAGUAGAGAUAGUGAUGACGACGUUUCUGAUUGUGACACGGCUGCAGUUGAGAAGAUGUACGCGAGCCAGAAAGAUCGAGACUUGGCGCUUGAAAAAAUGAGGACGGUACUACAAGUUUUUAAGUCCCAUAAGACAGAGUACGUUGUGCUCGGGGCCUGGGGUUGUGGGGCGUAUGGCAAUCCAGUAAGCGAGAUAUGUGCUGCUUGGAAGAAGGCCUUGCUUGGGACAAGAUCAUGUAGUACGACGGAGACCACCCAGUCUGCCAGCUUGGGCUCCAUCAAAGAAAUUGUCUUCGCGAUCAAGGACGCGAACAUGGCGGAAGCCUUCGCGAGAUACUGGGGUGACGGGAUGGAGAUUACGGUGGUCGAGACACAAGCUCCGGACGUUUCGGACACGGCGGCGGAUGAAAGACACGUCGAGGAGUUACGAACGAAGAUUGACGCGCUCGAAUUACAAAUAGAGGAGGCGAAAACACCAUUGCUCCAAAAGGGUCUCCAGAGCGCGAUGCAUGUGUUGAAAUUACAGCUUGACCGGCUGACACAGCGGUCUUCGGAGAACGAUGUUGGUAGCGAAGAUCAAAACUGAAUUAAGGCCCGUAUUUU